AUAUUUUUUACCCGACCUGUUUGGAAAAACAUUGGCACAUGUUAGAAUUUGCAUAACUUAUAUAAGUUUAUUUUACUUUUUUACUAGACAUGAAUUUCUCAUCGGGAUCGCCUCCGGGCUUAAAUAAAGGCGAGGACAUUGAAACUGCCCUCAAUCAAUAUCAACAACAGAUUAUGAUGCAACAAUCUGCGAAGAAACUUGAGGAGGCAGUGGAUUCAUGCUUCAGAAAAUGUGUAACAAAGCCAGGAUCAUCUCUUGACAAGAACCAGCAAAAAUGCCUGGGACAAUGUGUGGAUGUGUACUUGGAGGCCAGUGGGAUAGUGAGUCGGGCAGUGGCACAGCGCUUGCAACAAAUGGGCAGUAUGGGCUAAUGAGAAAGGAUUAUAGGAUAUCAAAUUGUUUUGUAUUUUAUGUGUAUACAUUUACAUUUAUGACAAUAGCAUUAUAUUAGGAACUAUUACAUCACUUAAUUGACUUCAUAUACAUGUACAUGGAGUAUGUUCAAAGAACUGUAUUCAAUACAAAUGAACACAUUUUGGAUAGCCUGCUUGUGAUCAGCUCAACAUAGUUCCUGCAAUGGUGUUUUGGUGAAUGUGUGUUUAUCAUUGAGUGUGGGCAGCUGUUUUUUUGGCUUGUCAAGGUUUUCAUUUGGCCAUGUGUUGGGGGAUUUUAACAUAACUUGGUUGAUGUGUUGACUAUGUGAAGACAGCAAGUCGUGUCCAAGAUACAUGUGUACAGGUCAAGGUUGAUCUUUAGAUUCAUUCUUAAUUAGGACUCCAGGGGGUUAGCUUUGUUGGCAGUUCCCUUCCAAAUCAUCUUAACUAUUGAAAUUGUUACUGUAACCAAAAUAAAAUUUCAAGAAUAUUUUCAUGUUAUGGUUUGGAAAUAAACUACCGGUAAAAUUUCUCUUUAACUCUAAAUAGUGUGGUUAGGUAUCCUUUCUAAAGCAGUUCUGAAGUAUUUAUAUGUCAAAUUAUUAAGUGCAUCAACACAUAUUGUACAAAAAAAUGAAAACAAUCUUGCAGAUUAUAAAAAAGGGAUAUUCAUAAGUGUGUCAAUAUUUUAGUGUAAAUAUGAAUGAAAAUCAGUGCCGAUUAAAUUCUGGAAAACAUAAUAA